AUGGAGAGGAAUGAGUUAAGCAAUGUAGAACAAGGUAACUGGAUGGUGAAAAAGUGUGCAAACAAAAACGGAAAUUGCAGGAGCAAGUGCAGAAAUGGAGAGCUACAAAUAAAACCUCAUAAUGGGAUGUGCAACAAGGAAAAAAUGUGCUGUGUUCUGAAUGGCAAACAGCUUAGUCCUUAUCUCUGUCGUGACCACGACAUGACUACAACCAUAGGCCCCAUAACUACAAAUGCCCCAGAAGAGGAGGAAACAACUACGGCCGGGGGCAUGACGGCGGAAAAGGCAACAGCGGCCAAGGCGUCAGUGGCAAUGACAUCAGCGGCAAAGGCGUCCACAGCAGCAGCCAGUACUCCUAGCCCCUGA